AUGGCGGCAACACGAGGUUUCCGUAUCCUGCAGGGCAUGGUAGGCGUGGUGACAGGCGGGGCGUCAGGGCUGGGCCAGGCCACGAUCAGAAGACUGGUUAAGCUAGGGGCCCGGGCUGUCAUCGUGGACUUGCCGAAAUCAUCGGGCGAAGCGCUGGCCGAGGAGCUGGGGCCUUCCUGUGCCUUUGCCCCCGCCGAUGUAACCUCUGAAGCAGAUAUACAGGGGGCCCUGACCUUGGCCAGGGAGAAGUUCGGCCGGGUGGACCUUGCCGUUAAUUGUGCUGGUAUAGCUCUGGCCUCUAAGACUUACAACUUCAAGCAGGAUCAGGUGCACUCCCUGGAGUCCUUCCAGAAGGUGAUCCAGGUAAACCUAAUUGGCACCUUCAACAUGAUCCGCCUUGCUGCAGUGGAGAUGGGGAAGAAUGAGCCAGAUGAGGGCGGGCACCGGGGCGUUAUCAUCAACACAGCCAGUGUGGCUGCCUUUGAGGGCCAGGUUGGACAAAUUGCAUAUUCUGCAUCCAAGGGGGCCAUUGUGGCGAUGACCCUGCCUGCAGCCCGGGACCCGGCCCCCUUGGGGAUCCGGGUGGUCACCAUUGCUCCAGGUCUGUUUGAGACACCCCUCUUGUUGGGACUCCCCGAAAAGGUCCGCUCCUUCCUCGCCCGCCAAGUGCCCUUCCCUAGCCGUCUGGGUGAUCCAGCAGAAUAUACCCACCUUGUGCAGGCUGUGGUGGAAAACUCCCUGCUCACUGGUGAAGUGAUCCGUCUAGAUGGAGGUAUCCGCAUGCAGCCCUGA